GUAUACAACACACUAUAUAGAAGUGUACCAGGUGAUAAAUAAUCCAGUACCGGAAGGGCCAUGGCGUAAAAUACCAGACGUGUCAAUCCAGACUCUGAGGACGGAUUUAGAGAAGUACUGCCCUGUGGAGGGUCUGGAGGACCAGUUUGUGAACAUCCUCCUCAUAGGACAAGUCGGAGCUGGUAAAUCAAGUUUCUUCAACUCGGUCAACUCUGUGUUCCGGGACCGCGUCACAAGCAAGGCGAGGAGUGGCGGGGCGGAGCACAGUCUCACCACAACGUUUCGAAUGUACAAGAUCAAGUCCAAAGAGACUGGAUACCCGUUAAAAUUUCGCCUGUGUGACACGAGAGGCCUAGAAGAAGGUCAAGGCUUGGAUAUUGUGGAUUUGGUUUCUGUCUUAGAUGGUCAUAUUACAGAUGGGUAUGAG